AUGGCCAACCUAGAAAUCCUCAGCCAUCUCAUCGCUCGACAGGAAGAAGAAGCUCCCGUCUCGUGUGAAACCGGAAAUGACUAUGAUGGCCGAAUUGGUCUGCGUGUAGCCGCGCUCUUUAUCAUCUGGGUCACCUCGUCAAUCGGUGCUGUAUUCCCAGUCUUUGCCAAUCGACACAAGGGCCUCAAGAUCCCCGAGUGGGUUUUCUUCAUCUGCAAAUAUUUCGGCUCAGGCGUCAUCGUCGCAACCGCUUUCAUCCAUCUCUUGGGUCCCGCAGAAGAGGCCUUGACCAACCCAUGUCUCACCGGCGCCAUUACCGACUACUCAUGGUGUGAGGGUAUCAUCUUGAUGACGAUAUUUGUGCUCUUCUUCGUCGAGUUGAUGGUCACGAGAUAUGGUAAUUUCGGCGAUGGACACAACCACGGCGAUGCCAGCCACGAUGCUGCAAUCAAUGGAUCCAAGGACACAGAGUUGAGCAACGUGGCCGAUUCCACACCUUACAAAGACACCCCAUCCGAGACCACCGCACCGGCCGCGUCCGCCGUAACAAUGGCCGAUCCGAGACAAAGCACACACAUCCCCGGGCAGGACCAUCUCGGCCACCGACACGAACACAAUGAAAUCGACGACGCAGCCAAUCCAUUCAGCUUUGAGGACUACAAAGCGCAAAUGACCGCCAUCUUCGUUCUCGAAUUCGGCAUCAUCUUCCACAGCAUCUUUAUCGGUCUCACUCUGGCAGUUGCCGGCUCGGAAUUCGACACCCUCUUCGUCGUCCUCAUCUUCCAUCAAACCUUCGAAGGUCUCGGUCUCGGCUCCCGAUUGGCUGUCACCCCGUGGCCAAAGAAUCGCCGCUGGACCCCUUACAUCCUCGGUCUGGCUUAUGGUCUCAGUACCCCCAUCGCCAUUGCCGUGGGUCUGGGUGUCCGAAACUCCUACCCUCCUGGAUCUCAAACCACCUUGAUUGUCAACGGUAUCUUUGAUUCCAUCUCCGCCGGUAUCCUUAUCUACACCGGUCUCGUGGAGUUGAUGGCCCAUGAGUUCAUGUUCAGCCGAUCCAUGCAAAGAGCCAGGAUACAGACGGUGCUGUUUGCUUUCUUGAUGAUGUGUCUGGGCGCUGGUUUGAUGGCUUUACUCGGCAAAUGGGCCUAG